UACUAAGUCUCUUGACUGUCUUCCUAAACUGUCCGACUAUAAUUUAUUUCAUAGUGAUAGCAAUCUGACUGAAGAAAGGAAUGUUUGAAGCCAAAGGCUUCUUUCAAGCUUUUAUAUUGAAGUUUACUCUGAAAAAAACAGCUAGCUUUUGUGCAUGUCUCUCUCAUUGUGAAACUAACAUUCCCACCAAGGGAUACUUUUACUCAUCAUCCUAGUCCCUGCACAUGAAAGGAAUCAAAUUUGGUAUAAUAAUUUGUUGGGCCACUCAAAUUUUAUAUCAUUCAAGUGAUAAUUAUUUUGAAAGUAAAAUAUCUUUACAAUACAAACUCCUUCAACAUGACUUCUCCAUCCUCUGUAGAUGUAGGUUCUUUAAAACCAGGAUACAUUCAGACAUUCCAGUCAGUUGCACCCUCACCAAAACUUGAUUCUCUUAAAUGGUUCAAUAAGAAAAGAUACCUGUUUUCCUGCACUGUAAUGGAGGAGGAAUUAUCUUGUCCUGUUUGUCUGGAGCUCUUUGCAGAUCCUUUACUGUUGCCGUGUUCACACAGCAUAUGUAAAAAAUGUUUGCGAGAUUUAGUAGCAUCUGACGGCCAACUUGGACGAGAAGAGACUUGCUGUCCAACCUGUCGAAACCCCUUGCUUUUGUCACAAAAUAACAUUGAUACAUUACCACGAAAUUUGGCUUUGGAAAACAUAGUAAUUCGCUUUCAAGAAAUCUGUAGCAAUUCUUUGAUGAAGAGCAAAAGCCAUAAUUUAUCUUCAAAAUCACAAUUUCUUUUAAAUAAAGAAGAUUUGAAUGUUCCAGGAAUUUCAGAAGAAUCUAAAGAAUUUUGUGAGUUAUGUGAAGGUAAAUUCUGUGCCAAAGCUGAAUGGUUUUGUCAACAAUGUACAGUGCUUUAUUGUCAGGAUUGUUUAGACAAAUUUCAUCCCCGCAGGGGAUCGCUGAGUCACCACCGGAUUUGUAAAGCUUUUAAAAGUACAGUAGAAAGCAAGCCAAUAUUUUGUGGUGAUCAUAAGUCUGAAAUGACCAGUGUAUUUUGUGAUUCUUGUAAGACUUUGGCAUGUCCUCUCUGUGUUUGUGAUGGCAUUGGCAAACAUGCUGGACAUAUGAUACUCACUAAAGAUGUAGCUUCAGAACAAAUAAAGGAGUUUGUUCAGAAAACAAAAGGACAUUUAGAUAAGAUAUUCAGGGAAAUUUUGGCCCAAACCUCAAAAUUGGAAGAGACAAAAGAUGAAAUUAAGCAUUUGCAUGAUGAGGCAUCAAAAAGGGUUUCGGAACAAUAUCAACACAUACUUAAUGAUAUUAUUGCAGUACUCAGUCAACAGAAGGAAGCUCACCUCAAUAACCUCAAUGAAAUAAAAUCAAAAGCUAUAGCAUCACUUGAAUUACAUUUAAAUAAUAGCAUAAAGAGGACUAAAUCAAUAGAUGAAAUGGUUGAGGGUUGUAAAAGAAUAGCAAAGGAAGAAAGUCAAAGAGAAUUAUUAGAACAAGCAUCUGACAUUUUCACAAUUCGUGCUCAAGAAAUGGAACUGACAAAUGAGUUGAAACAGAUGGAAUCUUUUUACCAGGAGCUAAUCGUUGAAAAGUCUGCUCAGCAAUGCCUCCGAUCUGUUGUAACUCGCUUUCGAAAAACAACCUUUGAUGAUUUGAUCAUUUUUCUUGAUGAUGAUAAAAACAAAUGUGACCAUAUUGUACCUAUGAUGCAGGCAUCACCAACCCCAAGCAAACUAAGUGGUGUUCGAGUGCAGAAUAAGUGCCUAAUGACAUGGGGAUUUAAUUCUACAACGUUCACUGCAGAAGCGCUAAAUGGUAAUGCAUUUUGGUCGGUAAACUUGGAAUGUAAUUCUUCUCAUAUGGGUGAUCUUGUGUCAAACUACAUAUUUGGAGUUGGAAUAGCAUCCGAACGCUUAUCUUACAAAGACCAAGUGGGACUUCAUGAGAAGUCCAUUGGCAUAAUUUGUAGCUCUGGCUCUCUCCAAUUCUGCAAGAAUGGAACCUCAGAGUUUCUCAUGGCAUUACAAAAACCUCCACUAACAAUUACAAUUUUUAUACGUUUUGAUUAUGAAAACCUGAUUGUCUUUGGAUACAAAUUAGCUAAUAGCAGCUGGGGUAAUAUUUUGUCAGGGAAAAAGCUUAUAAAAGAUCUUUCAACUGCUGAAAAUCUUUAUCCUGUAUUUACGGUUAGUCAAAAAGUGAAGAUGACUUUUUCUAGAGAUGUUUGACCAUUGAUAUUUUUAAUAUAUAUUUAAUCUCUUAUCUUCUUAAUGAUAUCUGUUAUAAACUGCUGGUUUUAUAUCUUACACACACACACACACACACACACACACACACACACACACACACACACACACACACACACACACACACACACACACAUAAAAUUUUAAGUCAUCAAUGAAUACCUGUUUCUUAUGCGUCACAUAUUUUAAUAUGUAAAGAAUAUCUGGAUUGUUUAAGGUGGUGAGCUGGCAGAAACACUAGCAUGCCAGGCAAAAUGCUUAGCGGUAUUUUGUCUGCCUUUACAUUCUAAGUUCAAAUUCCACCGAGGUCAACUUUGCCUUUCAUCCUUUAAGGGUCGAUAAAUCAAGUACCAGUUGCAUACUGGUGUCAAUCUAAUUGACUGGCCCCCUCCCCAAAAAUUUGGGCCUUGUGCCUAGAGUAGAAAAGAAUAUCUGCAUUGUUUGCAUCAUUAAUUAGAACGGCCAUUAAUUAUCAUUUCUUAGUCUCAGUCAAGAUAACUUCUUGCCUCGUAAAGGUCAUGGCCACUGCUUUCUCACCUGGCUGUCAAAGAAAAGAAAA